CCCUGCCCGGCCUCUGCGCAGCUAACAAGCUAAGCUGGCUCGGCGGCUCGCAGCUUCUCUCGGUGUGGUUAGUUAGUUUGAGACGCACCGGCUCCAUCCAUAGUACGGUGCCCCUCACAGAGAUCUGGUGGAACAUUCACGCCCGGCAUAGGGACACCGAGUUCGGACAUCAGCUUACAAACAGGUGAAAAUGAUUAAGCUGUUCUCCCUGAAGCAGCAGAAGAAAGACGAGGAAUCUGCUGGAGGAAACAGAGCCGGAGCCGGGGGGAAGAAAGCCAGUGCGGCCCAGCUCCGAAUACAGAAAGACAUCAAUGAGUUAAACUUGCCAAAGACGUGUGAAAUCAGCUUCCCUGAUGACGACGACCUCCUCAACUUUAGGCUCAUCAUCUCGCCAGACGAGGGUUUUUACAAAGGAGGAAAGUUUGUCUUCAGCUUUAAGGUAGGACAGGGCUACCCCCACGAUCCCCCCAAGGUGAAGUGCGAGACGAUGGUUUAUCACCCCAACAUCGAUCUGGAGGGAAAUGUCUGCCUAAAUAUUUUAAGAGAGGACUGGAAGCCGGUUCUGACAAUAAACUCCAUCAUCUACGGUCUACAGUAUCUAUUUCUAGAGCCGAACCCAGAGGACCCGCUGAACAAGGAGGCAGCGGAGGUUCUGCAGACGAACCGGCGGCUCUUUGAGCAGAACGUCCACCGCUCGCUGCGAGGCGGCUACGUCGGCGCCACCUACUUCGAGAGAUGUCUGAAGUAGCCCCGCCCUGUCCCGCCGUCCUCCAAGCUCCUCCCACUCCCCCUCUCCCACUGUCUGCCUGACCCCUCCUUCCUCCUCGGCUCCUCUUCGGUCGCCAUGGCGACGGGAAGCAGGACGACGCAACACGCUUUCCAGUUUUACCACAGAAGAAGAAGCUGCACCUCCCUCUCCUCCUCUUCCUCACCUGUCCCCUCCUCUUCCUCCUCCUCCAUUUCUGUUUCACUUCAGCCAUGAUACGCCACGGUGGGGGGGGGGCACCAACGACGACACAUCUGAGCGGACUCUACUGAGGAGGAGGAGGAUGAAGGCUGGGUGCUGAGGAUGGACAGAUGUGGGGGGGAGGGGUGAUUGUGAAUGUUGCUCUGGUCAACGUCACAACGCCCAUGAUAAUGAUGCUCACCAGAUUGUUUUCCUGUUUUUAUUUUGCGUGCGUGGCUAAGAUGCCUGACAUCACACAGGUGGUCUGUAGGACACGCCCCUUCCUGUCACCGCCUUCAUUCAUUGGCUACAGAUCAGAGAGAAAGCAGCAAACUCCAAACGGCUUCCUGCUUCCUGCAGAAAGUCUAGCAAAGGGGGCGGGGCUUCUCACUUCCUUCCUGCAGGAAGUCUCUGAUUGGAUGGCUUCUCGGUCUUGAAAGGGGGUGGAGCUUCUCUCUUUGAUCCUACCGAGUCUAACAGAGGGGGCGGAGCUUUGUCCUAAUGUUUUUGCACAAAGUUUAUAAAAGAGGCGGAGCUUUUCAUGCAGGAAGUAUAAAAGAUGGGCGGAGCUUUUUGCUUUCUAUCUGUGGGAAUUUCUUCACUUGUUUUUGUAGAAGAAGUCUCUGAUUGGAUGAUUUUGUCUUCCUAAAGGGGGCGGAGCUUAUUUCUUUGUUCCACAAGAAGUCUAGCAGAGGGGAGGGGCUUCUCACAAGCCUCUGGGUAGAGCUUGGAUUGAGAGGGUGAGGUUUCUCGUUAUUAAACGUGGGCGGAGCUUUGUCCUAACAUUUUUGCACAAAGUUUGAAAAAGGGGCGGAGCUUUCCCGAGUGUUCCUGCAGGAAGUGUACCAGAUGGGUGGAGCUUUUUGCGUUCUUAAAGUAGGCGGGGCUUCUCACUGCACUCUCGCAGGAAGUGUAACAGAGGGGCGGAGCUUCUAAAUCGGAGGGAGCAGAUUCGCCUUAAUUUUUUUCUUAAAUAUUUUAAGUUUUUUUAGCUUAAAGUGGCCACAACGCCCCCUGCUGGGGUGCUGUGGUAGGUCAGGGGUCUGAGUAAAGGGGAGGAGCUAGUUUUAAGGGGAGGGUCUAGGAGGAGUAGCAGGUGGGAGGGGCUAACUCUUGAUGGAGGGAACAUGCCUUAAUGUCUUUGUAGCUGUUGAUUGGCGGGUCGAUCGGCAUGGGCGGGGCUUAUU